UCGCAACUGAGUCUCUACGACAUCGCACACACGCCGGGAGUGGCCGCCGAUCUCUCCCACAUCAACACCAGAGCCAAAGUGACGGGUUAUGUGGGUCCGGAUCAGCUGAAGCAGGCGCUGGAGGGGGCGCAGGUGGUGGUGAUCCCGGCGGGAGUGCCCCGGAAGCCCGGCAUGACUCGCGACGACCUCUUCAACACCAACGCGUCGAUCGUGAGAGACCUGACGGACGCGGCGGCCAAGUAUUGCCCGAAGGCGCUGAUCGCCAUCAUCUCGAAUCCGGUGAACUCCACGGUUCCCAUCGCGUCCGAGGUGUUCAAGAAGAACGGCGUCUACGACCCGAAACGGAUCUUCGGAGUGACGACUCUGGACGUGGUUCGCGCCAACACUUUCAUCGCUGAGGCCAAGGGUCUGGACCCCAAGGAAGUGAAUGUGCCGGUGAUUGGAGGACACGCAGGCAUUACCAUAAUUCCGUUGAUAUCGCGCAGCAACCCGUCGGUGUCGUUCCCCAACGACAAACUCGAUGCGCUCACCAAACGGAUCCAGGACGCCGGCACCGAAGUGGUGCAG